AGGGAGCUGCCUGCCCGCAGCACUGGGUGCGGGCGGAGCUCCGGCCCCGCGGUGCCAGGCGUAGCCCGGCGGAGGCGAGCAUGGCCACCGCGGCGGCGGCUGUGGUGGCCCGUGGGGCCUGGGCCAGGGCGGUGGCGGCGGCCCUGCGGAGCGGAUGCCGGACUGCGGCCGGGGGGGCGCUGCGUGCGGGCUCCGCUCGGCCCCUGUGCACCGCACCUGGAACCGCUCCGGACAUGAAGCGCUACCUGUGGCAGUGCUACCGGGAGGCGAAGAGGAGCACGGACGAAUUGGUUCCUUCAAUUAUGAGCAACCUGCUGAAUCCGGAUGCCAUUUUCUCCAACAACGAGAUGAGCCUGUCGGACAUCGAGAUCUAUGGCUUUGAUUAUGACUACACCUUGGUGUUCUAUUCAAAGCACCUCCACACGUUGAUAUUCAACGCUGCGCGGGACCUUCUGAUCAACGAGCACCGGUACCCCACCGAAAUCAGGAAGUAUGAAUAUGACCCAAAUUUUGCAAUUCGUGGACUUCAUUAUGACGUGCAGCGGGCUGUGUUGAUGAAGAUUGAUGCUUUUCAUUACAUCCAGCUGGGAACUGUCUACAGGGGCCUCAGUGUUGUCCCCGACGAAGAAGUCAUCGACAUGUACGAGGGGUCCCACGUGCCUUUGGAACAGAUGAGCGACUUUUACGGAAAGAGUUCCCACGGCAACACCAUGAAGCAGUUCAUGGACAUCUUCUCGCUGCCGGAGAUGACCCUGCUGUCCUGCGUGAACGAGUACUUCCUGAAGAACAACAUCGACUAUGAGCCUGUCCACCUGUACAAAGACGUCAAGGAUUCAAUUCGAGACGUGCACAUCAAAGGAAUCAUGUACCGAGCCAUCGAAGCAGACAUUGAGAAGUAUAUCUGCUACGCUGAGCAGACCCGCGCAGUGUUGGCCAAACUGGCUGAUCACGGCAAGAAGAUGUUUCUCAUCACCAACAGCCCCAGUAGCUUUGUGGACAAAGGGAUGCGGUACAUCGUGGGAAAGGACUGGAGGGACCUAUUUGAUGUGGUCAUUGUUCAGGCCGAGAAGCCAAACUUCUUUAAUGAUAAGCGGAGACCUUUCCGGAAGGUGACCGAGAAAGGUGUCUUGCUCUGGGAUAGAAUCCACAAGUUGCAGAAAGGCCAGAUUUACAAGCAGGGCAACUUAUAUGAGUUUCUGAAGCUGACUGGAUGGAGGGGAUCCCGAGUGCUGUAUUUUGGUGACCACAUAUACAGCGACCUGGCGGAUUUGACCCUGAAGCAUGGCUGGCGAACUGGAGCCAUCAUCCCCGAGUUACGGUCCGAGCUCAAAAUCAUGAACACGGAGCAGUACAUCCAGACCAUGACCUGGCUGCAGACCCUGACCGGCCUGCUGGAGCAAAUGCAGGUUCACAGAGAUGCGGAGUCCCAGCUGGUGUUGCAGGAGUGGAAAAAGGAGAGGAAGGAGAUGAGAGAGAUGACCAAAAGUUUCUUCAACGCCCAGUUCGGAAGCUUGUUCCGCACAGACCAGAACCCGACCUACUUCCUGAGGCGGCUGUCGCGGUUCGCCGACAUCUACAUGGCGUCUCUAAGCUGCCUGUUGAACUACGAUGUCAGCCACACGUUCUACCCCAGGAGGACUCCGCUGCAGCACGAGCUCCCCGCGUGGUCCGAGGGGCCCCACGCCUGCCGCCUGCCCCUCCUGCAGGAGGCCCAGGCCAAGUAACCCGGCGCUCACCUGCAGACACAGCCAGAAACGGCCCCGGCCCCAGCUUGGGCGGACACCACGGGGCUGACUUUGCGUGGAUAUGAGUGUUGCUUUCGGAAAAGACACUGAUACGCCUUUUGAUAUUUAUUUCAUAUCUCCUGGAGAAUACUGCCCAGGUUGUUGAGACAGAAGAUAGCGCACCGGUCCCACCUUCCGGCACGCGUCGGGCUGAAUGGCGAGUGGCGCACGGAAGCUCUGCGAUCAGUCUUCUUGUUGGCCGAGGCGCUGUAACUGGUGCAGUUGUCCAGGGACAGGUGAGGCGUCUCGAUGCCAUCUCCGCAUUCCCGCAGGUGAAGUUUCAAACCUCUUCCUGACCCUGCCCUGGACAACACACUGAACACUCGCAGGCAGUGUGCUGUGGGGAUGGAGUGGCACAGGGGCACGCAGCGGUAAACUGCCCGUGGAAAGCCAGUGAUUUAGUGAGCUCUGCAGCAGCAAACACGGCGGUGCAUUAGCAGAGGCGAUCGCCACGCAGCAGCCGGUCCCCCAGCCUUGUGGUCGCACGGCUUUGGCGUUCUGGUGCAUCACUUGGAAGAGAAAAGAACAAGAGAAGGGACAAGUCCUUAGGGAUCGUCCUCAGUAUCCGCUUCCUGUGUCCUGACGCAUGCUGGGGAAGGACAGAUGGUGCCACAAGUGAUGGGCGGGUUCGCUCUUUUUCCCAGAGAAGGACAGAGGAGCUUCUGGCUACAUUUCCGGCUGGCAGAACAGAGCAGACUCGGGAGACAAAGGCUGUGAGCAACAAGCAGGCCAGAGCCGAUGCUUGGCGGUGGGUGCCCUGAAAAUGCCACCCGUGUGUUGUUGAUGUGCUCAUUGGAGGACAGAAAAUGAAACAGAAAGAAAAAAACCCUUGUAAUGAAACGCCGUGCCAGGCCCCUCCCUGGGUUGUGUCGGCAUUUCCAGAAACUGCCCUUUUCUGGGGGCUGCGAACCUGGCCCCCUCGCUCGUGUCUUGUCGGGGAGACAUGGGCCUGCGUGCAGCCCUCGCCGCUUGGCCACCUCCCGCCCGCUGCUCUCCCAGCUUCCUUUCCCGCCCUGUUCAAGCGGCUCUUUGGGGGUCGGGGGGGGGGGCGGGGUUCUGCAGGUGUCUGUGUAAGCUGGGGGACGAUAAAGGGCAUUGAAUCUAAGAGAAAAGCGUUAGAAAUGACUUAGCUAACGGAGUAUUUCUCACAUGUGUCUAAGGACAAUGCAAGUGACCUCCAUUCUUAGACCUGAAGCGUGGCAGGUACAGGAAGGAGGCUUGUGGAGAGUGCUUGCUGACUGAGCAUUUUUAGCUCAGUAAUAAGUGUAUCUCUUGGAACCAGCUCUUGACACAGUGCUAGCUUGGCAUCCCGUGGGCUGCCCGCAGAAGGCAGGUAUUAAACGAGUUCUGUAGCAUGCUCUGUGAUGCCGCCUGGUGUAAUGGGGUUUUACUUGUGAUGUUCUCUUGUAUUUAACUACACUGCUGAAGGUGGCCACAUAGACGCAGUAGGCCCAAUCAGUUGGGCCCCUUCUUUUCUGCUAAGUUUUGUUGCAAACACAGUGGUCCGUUCCUUUUCUGGGAAGGAACAGGCUUUUGUUUACUGUUGGUUAGCUCCUAGGUGGUUUAAGCAUUAGAGUUCAUUGGAGACUGGCAUUUAUGGGGUGCAGGUGGGUGCCCAGAACUGCUCAGUGUUGGGGUCCUUGGAAGGACACGCUGGUGCUCUCGGCUUCUGCUUUGGAGAUGUUGAGUGAGGAAGCAGUGAUUUUUUAAAAAAAUUUCUUAGUUCUUAUCUAAUUGGAUAUUCACUGGAUGUCUCCUAGCUGCCAGUUACAGGGUAUUUCAUUUAUUUUGUUUACUCGAGAAUGAAGUAGACUGUUUUUAAAACCUGAUUUCAUGGGGGCCCAGGUGAGGUGCGGCAGGCCUCGGGGGGAAGAAACACAUUUUCUGGGUAUGAAUAAUGAAUUUUGCAGUUUAUUACUAGUUAAGUUGCGCCUGUGGGCCACCGAACGGGCCAGUACUGCGAUCUGCCAUGUGCGCCUGUCUCGGCAGGGCCCCAGAAGGCGUGCCUGGCAGGCAGCAGACCUGCGCCCGGGCCUGCAGCUCAGGCCGGGCAGCCGCCUCCGCAUGAAGGGCGGUCCGUGCUCUGUCAUUGUCAGGACUCCACGGGGACUCACCGCGCUGCCCCGGGCAUUGUGUUCCUUCCAGUUCCUUCUCUCGGGCACCGCCUGGUGAGCAAGGCUGUUGGUGCACGGGAAGUGAGUCUGUUUUCCACCCUUCAAAAUAGCAAUGGGGAAAGCGACCGGAAUAAAAUUAGUUUGCACAUUUAAAAAUAUUUUACAUUUUUAGCAUUGGCUAGACGGAUUUUCUCAGAAUCACGGGAACAAAAAUUUAUAGUCCAAGGCAGACCGUGCCAGCCAGACGCAGGGCGCGCGGUGCCUGCAGCGGGUCGUCUUGGGAGAGACCUGCCCAGCCAGUUUGCCGGAGUUGCUUCUGUAGAUGAAACUUUGCUUUUUAAGUAUUUUAGGAUCUUGGCUUAGAGCUCCCAUGUGUCCUCCUGACAUCGUCUCUCUCUCUCUCUCUUUAAAUGCUCUUUUGCUGCUGUUGCCAUCAUUGCCAUGUAACAUCAACCACCUGUUGCUGAUGCGGGGCCCAUCUCAGACUAAAUUACUAGUUGCUUUGAAUGCAUUGGCCCUCUUCAUUAUUGCAAAGGAGAAAUGGAAAGCAGUCUCUCCACCUAGCUAAUUUGGCUUUGGAUGAACUAAAUGGGUUUUCCUCCCUGAAGGCCUUUGAAUCAACAGAGAGCUGGGCUCAGUGUUGGAACUGAAUUCCACUACGCCGAACACGUGGUUGCUGCCAAAGACCCACUUGGGGGCUCUUGUCUAGAAUGCUCUAAGAGUAAAUUUGGCCAGAGGCAGGGUUCCUUGAUUGCUCUAUUCAACCAUGAGGGAGCCUCUGCGCUGCCCUCUUAUUAUCAAUUUCCUCUUGUACCAAUUUUCUUGUUUAUUUUCUCUUUUAUUUGCCUUAGCAUUUGGGAGCUUGGCUCCAAGGUCAGUUAACCUCUCAUAUCCUAGUGGCUUAAGGAAAGGAAAGGGAGUUAAGUUUCUUUGAUGCGGGGUGGGGGUGGGGGUGUCCAUGAAUUUUUCCUGUACAGGGCCAGAUAGUAAGUAUUUUCGGCUUUGCAGGCCAUGUUCUGUCCCCACUACUGUAGGAGUGGACACAGCUGCGUUUCAUUACAGCUUGAUUUAUAAAAGCAGGCCGCAGGCUGCAUUUGGCCCUUGGGUCGUAGUUUGCCACCCCUACUCUAACGGCAAAAAAGCGUGUCCAUGAACAGCCUAAUUGUGGGGCAGACAGUAGGGAGGAGUUCCCUGGGUGAGUGCCCCAUGUUCCCCUGGGAGCUACUCUCCGGGCGUAGUUACUUACACGGCCAGUGUGCGAUGGAGCUGCUGGGCUCGGGCACCAGUUGAAUAUACCUCUUAUUUUAGUUGUUUGUGACCGUGCUCAUCACAGGUGAUGGGCUUGGCUGCUCAGAUGACCCUCAGGACCGAAGGACUGAGUCCCCCAGCUGCUGGGUACUCUGGCAGCCCUCUGGGGGCAUGUCCUGAUGAAAAGCCCUGCCUCCACCGGUCAAGGUCAGUCUGCCUCCUCUGAGCGGCUCCCUUCCCUUCUUCACCUCCCUUCCCUUCCCAGGUGUGGACCCCCAGAACACACCCUGUAAACUUGCAUGUGCAUCUGCAUCCCAGCAGCGCCCACUUUCCGGGGGACCCCCCGCCCCGCCGCAGCGCUCCUGUGCUUUUCCAGGGCUGCGGGAGUGAAGUCGGACUUGGGAAACUGUUUUCUCACCGUGUGGCAGGAUGACAGAUGGUGCCUGCGGGAGAGCAGGCGCCACAAAUGUGAACUAGGUAGACCUCCUAUUUAUUCUGAAUGUGUGUUUGCUAUUUAUUUGAAAUGCUGAUUUUGUUAUAUGAUAUUGAAUUUACUGCCAAAUAAAAGAGUAUUGUCUCAUCCA